CAGUAGACCGAUUAUUUCAUGAGCAGGAUACUGUAUUGCAUUGAGUGUUGGUCAGGUAUUGGCAAUUGAGAGGAAAUAAGGAGAGAUAGAAAAUGAUGGGAAAUAAGCCUGCGGUCCUUUCCUUGCUUUCACUGCUGCUGCUGAUGCUGAUGCUGGUCGUGGCCUUUGGAAGGGCUGCACAGAUUCCUGUUGCAUCAGCAGGAACCUAUAAUUAUUCUGGCUACAACAACCAUUACAAUAACCCGUUGCUGACCUUUCGCGACCCGCCAGUCGUCGAGAAUGGGAGUUUUCGCUACACCCGGAAUCUGCUUUAUUGCACGCAGAUUUUCGAGAAGCUCUUCAAGGACUUUAUCUACGCCAAAAUGACCCUUCUUGAAGCGGAACAUCCAGCCAAGGUUGCCGCAAUCAACGAAGUUUUGGUAAAACGGAAGAUAGAACUUGAUCAGAUCAUGAGAACUUGCUGGGUUACGGUGCUGGGAUGCGCAAGCAUUAUUCUCCUCGUUUUGCCGGGUGUUAUUGUGCAGGGCGAAGGGGCUGCAGCUGCUGGGCCAACUAUGCCCACUACUGGGUACAUGAAUGAGGAAUGGCCCUUGUACUACUCCUCCGUGGCUUUGCAAUGUUCGUCCAUUUUUGAGGGUUUCCUCCAAGAGUUUGUCAGGGAGACUCAGUAUGGCAUGGACGCAGCCGCCCAAGCUACCAACCAAGUCGCAUCUGCUGCUCUUGGUACAGGCGGUGCAAAGGAAUGAGCCUUGCAGCAGCCCCGAAUAAUGCUGGGCUGAUGGCUUCACCCUCAUACACAAUAUGUUCCCGUCAUUGUUUAUGCACGUACUAAUAAGACUGUGAACGGUGUUUUUCCUGCUGUGUGCUGCAAGAUGAGGCAAGAGCAUUAUUGUCGUCUUCUUUGUGUUCCCCCUUUUCUUCAUCGCCGUACACCCCAACAACAACAACAACAACAACAAAACCAUAAAUAUGUC